AUGUCGUUUCUGCAGAGCUUGUCCUGUCUGUGUAAAGGCGAGAGGCCAGCCAAAAGAGAGGAUGAGAUUGCGCAAGUCAGUCCUGAUGUCAUGGUUUUCUAUGAGGAGGAGACGCAUACCGUCUCUGCAGUGGUCCGAGAUCCGAGCAGUCGGAAAGUUGCGGUCAUCGAUUCAGUCAUGGGCUUCGACUACUCCUCAGGAAGCACCAGCACGAAGCACGCUGACCAGAUCGUCGAGUUCAUCAAGCGGCACGGACUUGAGCUGGAAUGGCUGCUCGAGACCCAUGCUCAUGCCGACCAUCUUUCGGCAGCACCAUACAUUCAACAGCAGCUGGGAGGCAAGAUCGCUAUCGGCGAGAAUAUUAAGCUCGUCCAACAGACGUUUGCAGGUGUCUUCGGCUUGGGACCCGACUUCCAGACGGACGGCUCGCAAUUCGACAAGCUCUUCCAGGAUGGCGAGACGUUCAAGAUUGGUGGAAUGCCAGUCGCAGUGCUUCACACCCCCGGUCAUACGCCAGCAUGCGUGUGCUAUCAUAUGGGCGAUGCCGUGUUUACGGGUGACACUUUGUUCAUGCCAGAUUACGGCACCGCCCGGUGCGACUUUCCGGGGGGCAGCUCCAAGACGCUUUACCAGUCUAUCCAGAAGCUCCUCGCGCUUCCAGCAGAGACUCGCGUGUUUGUUGGCCACGACUACUUGCCUAAAGGAGUCCGAUCUGAGUUUGCAUGGGAGACGACUAUUGGCGAGCAGCGUCGGAACAACAUUCAUGUUGGAUCUGGCAAGACGGAGGAGGACUUCGUCUCGAUGCGUGAAAGCCGGGAUGCUCAGCUCGCCGUGCCGAAGCUUCUCAUCCCCUCAGUUCAGCUGAACAUUCGCGCUGGCCGCAUGCCCGAACCUGAUGCCAGCGGCAAGGCUUACAUUCAGGUCCCUAUCAACGUCUUGAGCAAUCGAGGUACUCUGAACCCAUAA